UCCACUUUGCAGGCAGAUAGAUUUAGAAAACAAAUGCCGACUAAAGAGCUCUGUGUCCUGGCAUCCAUUGAAGUAUUGUACUUAUGGAAAGCCCUUCCAAACUGUUCCCUUUCAAACUUACAGCAUAUGAGCCAAGCUUGUCAGGAUGUGGAUGAUUCAUCGGCUGUUGGUUUGAGGAAUUUGCUUCUUGGUGCCAUACACAAAUGCUUAGGAAAUUCUGAAGACGCUGUUCAGUUCUUUCAGCGAGCUGCGAGAGAUGAACUGUGCCGUCAAAACAAUUUGUAUGUCCAGCCAUAUGCUUGCUAUGAACUUGGCUGUCUUCUGUUAGACAAUCCAGAGGAUGAAGAGGAAAAUAAUGCACCUGGCUUUCAGACGGUCCAGAUGGCGUGGUUGAUGAUACGUUUAAUCGUUCAGGUCUUUGCACAUACCCUGCCUCCUAUGGAGCCCAGAGAAUCUUAA